AUGGCAAGUGAGAACAAUAAGCGCCGGCGUCGCUUGAGAAUAUGCCUCUCUGUGGACUUCGAUGCCGUCUCUGGGUAUCUUGGAACUGGCUAUGACCCAAAGAACACGUUGGCAGACUUCUCUGCCGGCAUCUUCAGCGCCAACGUUGGUGUCGGUCGUCUGCUCACACUUUUCAAGAAGCACGGGAUUUCAGACAAAGUCUCGUGGUACGUGCCUGGUCAUUCACUUGAGACGUUUCCGACCCAAGCCAAGGCCAUAGCAGAGUCUGGAGCCGAGAUUGGUCUUCACGGAUACAGCCACGAAGGCGCAUAUGCUAUGACUGUUGAGCAGGAGGAAGACGUCCUGAAGAAGUGCAUCGAGCUUGCGACCGUGCUACGUGGAGGCACACGUCCCGUCGGGUAUCGAGCACCUCUAUAUCAAAUCCGCGAGACCACUGUGAGGCUCCUACAGAAGUACGAAUUUUCAUACGACACGAGCAUGAAUGCUCACGACUCCCUGCCAUACUUCUUACCAAAUCCAUUUCUCGGGGAGCCUCCUCUGGCACCAGACUAUCAGCAGAAAGCGGAGACAUGGAUGAAGCCUGCCGUCAUACCCGCGCAACCUGUUCGUGGAACCGCUGAAGCACAGAAGGCCCUCGUGGAGAUACCUGGCAGCUGCGUUGAUGUCGUUGAGAAGAUGUGGUGGGAUCGAUUCGAUUGGAUAUGGGAGAAUGAGAGCUGGCUAGACGACGGUCCGGGGAAGGACUAUGGCAGCAUCUUUCCGAUGAUCUGGCAUCCAGAGAGCGCAGGCCGAGCACAUGUCGUCGGCAUGAUCGACAAGUUCAUUGGAAAGCUGAAUGAGAAGAUGAAGACGGCUGACUCGGGAGAGAUCACAUUCGAGACAGGUGAAGCUAUAGCGAGCAGCUGGAGGCAGUCCGCUGGGAGCGGAUGA